AUGGUUACUGGUCGAAUGCGAAGAGUGAACCAGUGGUUAUUAUUUGCACGUCAGUGGCAUCUGGUAGAUGCAACUGGACAGGAUGUUUGGAUACUUGGGAAAAAAGUUGCUCAAUAUUUGUCUGGUAAACAUAAACCAAUUUACCAUCCAUUUACUGAUUGUGGUGAUCACGUUGUAGUAAUAAACUGCAAAGAUGUUGCAAUGCAUGGAUUUAAUUGGAAGAAUCAGCGUUUUUUUUUCGACAAGGAGAUGCCAAAAGCAAAAGUAGAUUAUCCAGCCUGGCAAAUUCAUGAUUUUGAUCCAUGUCGCCUAAUGCAUUUAACUGUAUAUCGCGGUCUUGAUCACAAUCAGCUUCGUAAGCGAUUAAUUGAACGAUUGCAUUUAUUUGCGGAUGAUCAACUGCCAUCGUUUGUGCGAAGAAAUAUCGGAAAUCAAAUGGAACAGAUACAGCGCGUUCCGAAACGAUCAGACGAAUAUACAGAUGAAGAAAGAAAGAAAUUUCCGAAGCUCUUUAAAUUUAGUGAAAAUCAUUUUGUCGACUGGCAAAAACCAGUGGAAGAUCCUGGUCAGUGGGUAGGAAAGGAUAGAUCUCCAUUCAAUCCAUAUUAUCAGAAAAAAUCAUGA